GUUAAAAUGGAUAUAAUUGUGCAAAAAAGAAAGCGCUCAGCUAAUUUCAAUAGCGAUGAUAAAAUAAUGCUAUUGUCUUUAAUUGGAAACAAUAGCAUUAUUUUAAACAAAAAAACCGAUGGUUCUACAAACCAGAUGAAGGAGGAGGCCUGGCUGAAAAUUGGGCAACAAUUUAAUUCACGUGCAGGGGAGAGAAGGUAGAUAUUUGUCUAUUAUAUAUUUAUUAGUAUUCAUUACCACGUUAAAUUGGUUUUUGCAGGGAGGUAGAAACUUACCGGGCCAAAGAACGCAUUAGCGUUUCGCAAACUGGAGGUGGGCCUUCUGAAGUAAAAGCAGACCCCAUACUGGAAAAAGUAUUAGAUAUUUUGGGUCGUGCUGGUAGGGGUUUGGAAAAUAUCAAUGAUUGCGAUAUUGAAGAAGGCAAAGAAAAUAUGGUACCAGAAAAUGCUUCAUUGGAUUUACAAGAUAACAUUGUUGUUGAGGAAGAAGAGGAACAGGAGCAUCAGAUUCAGCCUCAAAUAAUAGAUAAGACGCCUGUUCACCAAAGAAGACGACCACUAAUUUCAAUUGAAAGAGGGAGCUCCUUGAAUGAAGCACGGUGCUUAACAGAAAGGAAAAAACAAGAACUAAUAGAUGCAGAAAUGAGAAGGGAAAUGGAACUUCACGAGCUCAAAAAAAGAAAACUAGAAAAAUAUAUUGAAAUAAGGGAUCUUAUAAUUAAAAAAAUUAAAGAUGGAGAACCUCUAAACGAUUUGAUCACACUUAUGCAAAUGGGAAAUUGAAGUAAAAUGAAUAGAUAUAAAAUGGAAUUGUUUUGC